AUGAUCGAAGUUGGGCCAAAAGUGUUGAAGACAUUGAAGAAGAUGAAAGAUAUCGGGAAAUGGUUACUAUGGGUUAUCAAAGAUAAAGGAGAAUCUUGGACAGGUCAAUACUUUCGUGACACGAUUUUGACCGAAAAUGUGAUUCCCUUCUUAGAAAAUGAAGAAAAUAUUAUUGAUGUUGAUGAAGUUACAUUUGUUCCUGAUAAAGCACCAUGCAUGCGCGCAAAUAUGACUCAGCAUUUGCUUUAUGAUAACGCCAUUCAGUUUUGGGGUAACGAUAUCUGGCCCGGAAAUUCACCUGAUCUCAAUGUGGCAGAACAUAUUGGAACAAUUAUCAAAGACGAAGUUGAAAAAAAAAUGUUGUUAGAAACUGAACAUAAUCGAUAUCUUGAAAACACGCUCAAGUUGCACCUUUCGGACGUUUUGACAAAUAUGGAAACAGAUACCGAGUUAUUUGAAACCCUUUUAUGUUCAUAUCCAUCUCGGCUUCGAGCAGUAAAAAAUGCUAACGGUCGUCAUACUAAUUAUUGA